AUCUUGUUAUGCACAAUUUUAUCUUUGGUAAACAAGUCAAUGUUUCCUGCUGGUGCGAGUGAAAAGUUUUUAAACUGUAUUUUAAAAUUCUGCUUUUUUCAAAUCAUUGACCGAAAUAAAAGAUGCUGAACAAUGUCAGGACCUUCAAAGGGGUUAAAACUUUAAAAUCGCUGUUGAUGCAAAAAAGAGGAGUUUCUUUGUCGAAUUUUAAGCCAAAUAAGUUGGUCGAACUUUCCUUCAAUGACAAAACAGGCAUAGCCACCGUUUCGAUGAACCGACCUCCGGUGAACGCUUUCGACCGAGGUCAUUUCCUCGCACUCCAAGAAACUCUCCAAAAGCUCGAAGAUAACAAAGAGUGUCGAGGAAUGAUUUUAGCUUCGAGUCGGGAUAAUAUAUUUUCGGCUGGACUGGACGUUGCGGAAUUUAAUUUCGAUGAUCUUGAAAGGGUUGCUGCAUUUUGGACACUUUUUCAAGACAUUUGGUUGAAGCUUUUCACAACUUCUUAUCCAACUGUUGCUGCCAUUAAUGGUUAUUGUCCAGCCGGUUCCUGCGUCAUGUCUUUAGCUUGCGAGUACAGGGUGAUGGUCGCCGAUCCUCGAUUCCGAAUCGGACUGAAUGAAGUGCACCUGGGAAUCGUGGCUCCGAAAUGGGCCUUGCUCGCCACGAGGGACACCGUGUCUUACAGACCAGCCGAACUCGCCCUCACCACCGGAAAAAUGUUCUCCCCCGAAGAGGCCCAAACCCUAGGGCUGGUCGACGAGUUGGCCAAAGACAAGGUGGACGCUCUGUCCAAGGCUGAAAAGUUUUUAGUAGAAAAUUUUUCCUCCGUAAACCCUAUUGCUAGGAAGUUGACGAAAUUGAGCCUGCGAGAGCCGACUACAAAUUGGCUGAUGAAGAAUAAAAAAUGGGAUUUGGAUUUUUUCAUGGACCACUUCAGCAAGCCCGAUGUCCAAGAAAACCUGAGGAACUACAUGGAAAAUUUGAAAAAUAAAAAGAAAUAAAUUUUA